AUGGGGGUUAUAUCUUAUGCUGCUUCUACAUGGCUACAUGAAGCUUGCGAAAAAAAUCGUGUUAUACUUCAUAACGAACUUGGUCCUGGUAGACUUCUUCAGUUCCAUUGUGUUUCCAAUGACGAUGAUUUAGGUACACAAACCUUAGCCUUCAAUGCUUCUCCAUAUAUCAUCUCAUUCCAUGAUGAAUUACUUCGUGUAACAAGAUGGACAUGUUUGUUAAGGCAAGGAGCUAACAUGGAAUAUUUCUAUCAAAUUCAAGCAUACAAAGCAGGAGACAGAUUUAUCCCUAAAUGUGGCCAGAUUCGUGUAUGGACGGCCAAACUUGAUGGGAUAUACUUUUUCAAGAAACCUUGA